AUGGGGAAACUGCAGAGUAAAAUCAGCUUCCACACCACCAAAUACAGGGCCGACGGCUCCGUGGGACAGACGGGACCCGCUGGUGCCUCCCGGCAGCACAGCCCCGCUCACACUGACGCUGUCACCUCUGUGGCUGCCCUCAAACCAGAGCUGUGUGUGUCAGGAGGAAGGGAUAAGAGUGUGGCUGUGUCCAGCUGGAGGUCUGGGGCUGUCCUGCGCCGCUUCACCGGCCAUGAACGUGAGGUCACCAAGGUCACCUCAGCCCUUGACUCCAGCAGAGUCUUCAGCGCAUCCCGGGACAAGACAGUGAUGAUGUGGGAGCUUCAUGGGACUUCAGGGCCAAGCCAGCACUUCCCAGGACAUGACCUGGUUGUUACUGGACUGGCUGUGAGCCCAGAUGCCUCCCAGCUGUGCACGGGCUCACGGGACAACACCGUGUGCAAGUGGGACACUGAGACUGGGGAAUGUCUGGGCAGAGCUGCAAUCUCCAGGAAUCUGGUCACACACCUGUGCUGGGUUCCUGGGGAGCCUUAUGUCAUCCAGACCUCAGAGGAUAAAACCACCAGGGUGUGGGACAGCCGGGAGCUGCAGGUGGCCCACACGUUCCCAGCCAAGCAGCACAUCCAGACGUGCUGUGACGUGAGCCAGGACGGGCGGUACUGCCUCAGCAGCAGCAGCGGCUCCGCCGGCCACGGCGCCGAGGCCACCCUCUGGGACCUGAGGCAGACCAGGGGCCGAGUGUGUGAGUACAAAGGGCAUUUCCAGACCACCACCUCGUGUGUCUUCCUGCCCCGGGGCCCCACGCUCGCCCCCAGCAUUGCCACAUCGUCCAGCGACAGCACAGUGAAGGUCUGGGACCAAGGCACUGCAGCCUGCCUGGCCACGCUGUGCCUCGAGGGCUCGGGCCCGCUGGCCUCGCUGGCCGCCUGCGACAGCUCCACCCUGCUCUGCGCCAGCUCCAACUCCGGCAUCCACGUGCUCCGUGUGAGGGGCGGCGCAGAGCCGGCCCUGGAGGAGGUGGCAGCGUUCUGA